AUGCGCCGGAAUAAAUUGAAAUCGGAAGAAACUGGAGCGAAAAAUAGUAAAACAAAUCAAUCAUAUGGUAAAACGUCGUCGUCAUCAUCGUCAUUAUCCACAACACUGAUACUAACAGUCAAUAUAUCCAACUAUCUAUCACUUUUAACAAGCCGACCAACAUUGAAAGCUGGGCUAAAAAGCAGAACAGACAGCCUGAUAACUACUGGUGACAUUUACACACCUACGAGAAAAAAACUGGCUGAAGCUGAACGGAAGAAGGAUGAUUCUUCUCUCUAUUAUCCACAGGCAGCGUCAUCGAUCAGUACUCAUUGCAUUGCUAAGAAGCCAAAACACUGCCUUUCUUCAUCUUCAGCAACGGAUCCAUUUCUUCAUCUUCAGCAAUAUAUAUAUAUAUAUACUUCGCGAAGAUUUGGUGGAUUUCGUGGCUCUACCCAGGAUGAAACGAGCUCCAUAUGCCAAGGUUUGGAGUUAGAAAAUACUUUCAUGCAUACGCAUAUCGACCACGCACGUGACUCACGCAAGCUUCGGGCGACUGUAGGAGUGCUAACCUACUGGAUCUUCGACGAAGCUGAGAACGACAACUUGGAAAGCAGAAGGCAGAAGCAACAAGCAUCGCCAAUAUCAUGGGGAGCAACGAAAUUAGUUGAUGACGUCGUUCGAACAGCUACUAUCGUCACGGACGGCACCAAUCACAUAUACAUACAUAUAUCGACACUACAUUACAUACAUAUUGAUGUUAGCAAAUAUCAUUACAUACAUAUUGAUGUUAGCAGAUAUAGAAGUAUGCGCGCAUAUCCACAUACAUCAAAGUGUCGAUGA